UGCUCAUCGGCUGGUGCAACAAAUUGUUACUUAUUAUCUCGUAAAUUCGGAAGAACAUUUGUAAAAGAAAAAUUUUCAGAAAAAUUGGAUAAAUGGGCAGAAAAAUUACAAUCACAUUCACGUAAUUUGUUAAGUUAUAUGAUUGUGCUUCGUUUAUCACCCUUUCCACCUAAUUGGUUUGCUAAUGUAGCAGCUCCACAUGUUGGUGUUCCUUUAAAAAUAUUUUCUAUUGGAACAUUUUUUGGUGUUGCAGGUCCUUCUUUAAUCCAUGCACAAGCUGGUUUAACUAUUGAGCAUUUGACAAGUACUUCCGAUUUUAAAAUAUUUUCUUUUACUAAUGUUGGUGCUUUAGUAUUAUUUGCUUUAGCCGUACUUUUACCUGUCUGGUUUAGAAAAAAGGUUGAAAAAGAAGGCAAUAAUCAAAAUAAUCUUAAUUCACAAGAA